CUCCGGACUGUUUCAGGGCAUAGCUGCAGGUGUCGAUAGAGUCAAAGAAUCUAUACAAUCACAGAAAUGUAUACGUAACAUUACCAAAUCGAUAUAGAGGUCUUUCCGGCACCUCGCGUUUUCUCUCACUUAUAUUUUAAAAGGUUUAAUUCGCGUAACGCCUUGAGAGAAGACGUUUGAAGCGUCAGCUUGGCCAAUUCGUUUAUAUUCUGCUGAUUUUGUUACUCUGUAAUGUCAGGUUUAGCGCAGGCGCGACAGGUACACAACAGGUGGUAGGCAGGCUGGUCACACACGAGGUAAAAAUUAUAGCUGACAAUGCGACUGGAGGAGCCAAACGUCCAAGAGACAUCGCAUGAACAAGCGGGGCAGUUACCCCUGCAAGAUAUGAACGUAACUGGCCACUAUCCAGUAAAGACGGCUUCAGGCAAUGAAACUUUAUACAUAUGGUUUAUUGUUGGUGGCUCUGUUGGCAUCGCUUUGGCUCUUGUCUCCAUCAUUACUGCAUGGGUGUAUUUUAGGCAGAAAUCGAGGAAGCACAGGAGGUCACCUGAAGCGCCCCCUCUUUCAGUCCAGGAAAUAUGUCAUCACAAAAUUCCUCCACCAAAUUUCACAUCAUCUGGAUCUGAAGAAAACAGCGAUCACGAUCGUAUUUGGAACAUAAGACCGAGUUCUCGCCUCUUCCAGUCAGCUUCUAUCGACGUACCGACUAACUUCCGAACAUCGUCCGAAUGCAUUCAGCCCAAAGCAAAGUUGUCUCGAUGGAAUACCGUAGGAACAACACAUUACCAGGCAACCAUAAUCGGAACAGUUCAACCAGAUCUUUACAGAAAUUCAGAGGACGACGAACCUAUGGAACCUCCGUUCCCUAAUGGUCGAAUCUGGUUCUCUUUACUCUAUCAUGAAGAAGAACAGGAAUUGGAAGUGAACCUCGUUAAGGCCAAGUACUUGCCUGGUAGGGGCUUGAGCCAGACACCGAGGGAUCCUUUUGUUAAGCUUUUUUUGCUACCUGAUGAAGAGAAUUUUCAACAGUCCAAAGUCCGAAGACGGACUCUGAGUCCAAAGUUCCAUGAAGCCUUCAAAUUCCCGAUAAAGAAGGAACAAGUUUCUGAAAAGACUUUACGCCUAUCCGUCUAUGACGUCGAUAAGAGAAAAGUUCGGCAUUCUUUAGGUCACGUGCACGUUCCAUUAGGAAAGCUUGACCUCCAAAGUAACGAAAUUAUUUGGAGAGAUCUAGAUCAUUCUUUUCAGAACUCCAAUUCGCUGGGUGAGAUCCAAGUUAACUUGUCCUGUAGUCCUUUGAACAGUAGGAUCAAAGUAGGACUUGAAAGAAUUCGAAACAUCAGUGGAAUCGAGAGCGGAGAGGCUGGAGUGUUUGUGAAGGUACAAUUGUUUCAUGGACGCAAAUUGAUGAAGACAAAACGGACAACACUCUACCACACAACUAGUCACAAUGGGGAGAUACUGGUUAAUGAACAUUUCAACUUUGCUGUGUCCGGCCGGUACUUUGAUUCCUGUAGUUUCGUUUUGACGGUGUUUUUAGCAGGCCUCUCCCCACUGGUGAAGGACGAGCCCCAUGGAAAAGUUGUCAUUGGACCAUUUAUGUACGCACGAGGAGAGCAGCUUCUUCAUUGGCAAGAAAUGCUAACAAACCCUCGAAACCAGGUUUUGAAGUGGCACAGUCUCGAACCCUUGGUUCUUGAUUAGAGUUUAUGGUAUAUUCAAAGCACUGUCACAAAGUUUAAUUUCAAAUGAAAGUUUAGACUUUUCUUUUCUGUUAAAAAAAAAGUCCCAUAUUUGGGGCUUUUUGUUUUCAAUUGUAUAAUUCAGCCUCUUGUUGAGUUUGGCCUAAUAGAUACAGCUUAAGCUUCGUUCUUAACUCAAUUUCGAAGGAAAUAUUUGCCGUGUUCUACUUUUCUGAUGUCAUAUCUAAUAUCCUCUUCAAUUACGAUCUCAGAAAUAGAUGCAUAUACACACACACACAUAUAUUUGAUUCAGUCACAGAAUCUAUUAAAAAACUACAGUUAUAUUAUUUAUACUAUAUGAUUAUCAUAUUGCGUAUGCUACAGUUUAAGUACACCAAUCAAUCCUGAAACUUCAUUACACUCUAGAUACACAAUUUGCAGAAGUUGUGUACUUUGUUAUGGUUGCGCUAAGUCCCGAGCAGAGCACAAGAAAAUGGCAUUAUGUUCUGUUUGCAGGUGUUGCCAUCUGAUGAAUGCGGUGGAAACUAUUUGAUUAACAAAUAUAUUUUAUGGGGAAAAAAAAGUAAUAGUACAUAUACUUUUUGUUCGUUUAUCCCACAUAAUAUAUCCAGAAAUAUAAUUUCCCUAAUUUUAUUAACAGACUUUAACUUGAUUCUGUUCAUAAUAUGUGAAAGUUUACCCCUAACAUUAUGAAACUUGUGUUAAUAACUCGUUGAUUUGCUUUAUUUUAUUUUUAAAAGCUCAGUAAUUAUACAUAUAUAGGUGGCCACGAAUUUGAAUAAUCUGGAAAAUGCUAGGAAAUUUGAAAGGACAGGGUAAAAAAAAGGUAGGGGGAUUUAUAAAUGAUCCCCAAAUCAAGCAAGUGAAAAAAAAAAAGAUGCCCCCUCCAUAUUUUAUUUUUAUCUUAGAACCUACACGCGCACACAAACUGCGCUGUUUGGCGAUGCCAGUUAUUCGUAUGUUUUGGUCAGUCACACUAUGUCAUUUUAUGUGGUGAUCAUUCUGUAAUUCAUUACAUUUGUUGAUAAGUUAUGUCAAAUGUUAUUCUAUAAAUAAAAAUAUAAUGUUUUGUUGUCUACCAUUAAGAUUUAAUGUUCGUCGUUCAUGAUAUUUUCUCGUAAUACCGUAGCUUGAAGUAAAUGUGUUCUGAAAAUUUUAUUACCCUUUAUAACAACAUUACAAACUAAGUAGAUAGAACUAUGAGAAAAGUUUAAAUAUUAGCACGUAGUAUGCGUACGUGUGUAGAUCUAUAAAAUAUGAAAUCUUGCCUGGGGGUUAGGCGUGGUCUUAGUGCCAAGUGUGUUCGGACAGUGAAUCUAAGGAUUCAUGGUUUACUGUCAUUUGCUACAAAUACGCUCUUUUGGUCUAUGAGUGCGGUCAAAUCCCAUUAAUUGACUAGAGAUAGAAGUAGCUCAAGAGUUGGUGGUGAGUGUUGUUGAAUUACUGCCUUCCCUCCAGUCUAUCAGUUAAAAAUUAUGUACUGUAGAAGUGAGUGUUGUUGAAUUACUGCCUUCCCUCCAGUCUAUCAGUCAAAAAUUAUGUACUAUAGAAGUGAGUGUUGUUGAAUUACUGCCUUCCCUCCAGUCUAUCAGUUAAAAAUUAUGUACUGUAGAAUUUUGAGUUGUUAGAAAGUGAUUUACUGGGAACUACCAAGGGGUUAACCCUUUAUCUCAGGUGGUAGAGGUGUGACAAGUUGCGGGUUUAAAUAUGAAGCAACGGAACAAAUAUACGACUGAAAAAAAAACAAUUACAUAGGACAACUUUGCAUUUCAAAUCAUAUGAUGAAAGAGAUUGUUUUUGUAGGUGAACAAACCCAAGUGAUUUUUACAAAGAACUAUUCCUUCACAAGCGAGUUAACUUUGCUUAUAAGUAAAGUAUUCUGUGAUAAUUUUUACAUUCAACUGAUUUUCAUAAAAAAUUAUAGCUGCUAUUAUGUUUGAAAACUGAGAGCAAAAACACACAAAAUAUUGAAUUAGUUUCCAGCUACAUAAUUAAGAGGUUUUAAUUAAACAUUUUGGUUUCUUUGUUGAGGACUUUAUCAAGUUUUCAGCUCUCAUUAUAAUUAUUUGAUUAAUUGACAACUGAUUCGACAUUAUUUUCAUUAAAGAAUAAAUAACUGUUCAAAUUAAUUCACUUAUUACACACCAACAUUUUUUUUUAAUUAUCCUUAAAUAUUAGGUGAAAUUAAUACAUCUGUAUUAUUGAGUUUGUUUUCGAAUAUUCGCACAAAGCUACUCAAGGCCAAUCUGCGCUAACCGUCCUUAAUUUUGAACUGAAAGACCAGAGAAAAGACAGCUGGUGAAGAGCACCUAGCACUAACUCUUGAGCUACUUUGGAUUUCACUGUAAGUUUUAUGACGCAACCACGGCCUCAAAGUGCGGAACAUGAUUUUGCGACAUCAUUACGCGAACCGUUGACCCUCGAGUACAAAGGCCGGUUUUAUAAAAUAUGGUUCAUGAAUUUAUUAUUAUUAUUACUUUGUAAAUAGUCGUUUUAAAGAAAAGGGAUACAGAUUCAUCACCGAAAGUAGAUAUUAAAAAAAAGUUUAAAAUGUUUUAUGAUAAGGUCACGUAAUUUACUUUCCGCUACUACUAUGUAAUUAUUAUAGUUAUUCUUUAUAAGGAACAGUAACAAUUAAUUUAAUUCAGUCUUUAGGAGCUUUUUUUGUUUAUUUGUGUGCGCGUGUGUUUAGCGCCAAGCUACGUAAGGGUUAUCUGCGCUCUGUCCACCUUGGGAUAUCGAAUCCCGGAUUUUAGCGUUAUAAGUCCGUGAACUUACUGCUGACCCACCGGUGGACAUGAGGUUUUUAACUGAGGAAGUAGAGUAUGCCGUUAUCGGUGUAUAUGUUAGUAUGUGUAUGCUUCUUGUGCACUUUAAUUAACUUAUACAAGUGAUUAAUUAACUCUUUUUCGAUUAUUUUAAAAUAUUACAUUUCUUACUGUAAUUUGAAAAAAAAAAACACAGUUCGAUUUUAAUGAAUAUCGUUAACGUUUUAAUUUGUUUGAUUAAUGUAAGGUGCUGUCAUCUGACGCCUUUUUUUUAAUAAUUUAUAAUCAAAAACAUAUUCACAUAACUGAGGAUAAUCUUGAUUAUCACAAGUAAGUAUAUGAUUUUUGUGAGGACAUUUCUCAUGCACAGAUUGUUGGGAAAGUGGUUAUUUUUAAUCUGUUUUUGUUUUGUUUUUCUCUGAUACAUUUCCCUUUGUUCUGAAAAUAGGGAAGUACAUGAUACACUUACUAAAAUAGUACUAAAUAGUAAGAAACAUUCCGCACAAACCCAUUCGCCCUAGUCAUUCAAAUGAGGCUACAGAAUUAUUUAUCUAAAAUGUUAUUUUUACUUCUUGAACAUGAAGUCUGUGAAUAAUGUGAAUGAAAUAGAUAAACAGGUAUUUAAGGAUGAGCUAUUUAGGACCAUUGAAAUAUAGAAAAGAUCGUCGAUCAAAAACUAACACCAACUCCAACACAAUGUGUUCUGAAUAAAACAGUAGUUUCAUUUUUUGUAAGUGCAUCUUCAGUCUAAUAGAUCUGUGUGUAACUUUCUUCUAAAGAUUCUACAGAGCCAGAUGUACGAUGAAUUUUAUUUGAGAAAAUUAAUGGUGAUGCUUAAUUUUAAAUGUGAUAUAAACAUGUGUAUAAAUGUAAUCAGCAGUUAAGUAUUUCUAUUCGCUGUUGAAAGUGGUAAAUGUGAAGGUUUCUUUAGACGUAUAUUGUUUCGUUUGUUUAUUUGUGGAAAUGCUAUAAUGGGUAAGGUAUAGUGUGUUUGUGUGUCGUAUUUUGGCUGUGUUGAAUAAAUCCUUAAAAUUAC